AUGGUUGCCAGGAGCUUGCUACACUGUCGUAAAAACGCUAAUAACACGAUGGUAGUCCAAAAAAAGUAUGCACAUACCGGCUCGGACGUCGCCCGGGUGAACAAGACAGGAGCUUACGCGUUGAUGAAGAAAGAACUUGAACGAUUCAGAUAUGAUGUGGUUGGUCUGUGCGAGGUCCGAUGGACAGGAGGUGGAGAAAUGGAAGGUGGGAAGAUAUUAUGGUCUGGAACAGAAAGGGAGCACGUCUAUGGAGUUGGAAUGGAUGUAGAAAUUGAGGCAUUCUACGAUCAACUGGAGCAAACAUUGAAUGUACUGCCAAAGAAAGAUGUUAAGAUAAUCACCGGAGAUUGGAACGCAAAGAUCGGAAGAGACAAUAUUGGUUUUGAAGAAGUCAUGGGAAAAUACGGUAUAGGAAAGAGAAAUAAUAGAGGAGAAAGACUGCUGGAAUUUGCAAAGGACCAAAAAAUGUAUAUAACAAAUACAAAAACACAAAAACACAAAAUACAAAAAAAUGGACAUGGGAAUCACCAGAUGGAAAAACAACGAACAUGA